ACAUGAAACAAGCCAACGUGGUUUGUGGCAGUUACAAGAAAUUACUCAAAUAAUAUCAAAAUCACUUCUGUUAAAUACUCACUGAAGAAAAUACUGCUUUGAAAACACCACGUGCAGCUAAACAACUGUUUAGCAGGUCUUACCGGUCUCAGAGUUUGACUGUCCUCCGGCAAUCAUGUUUAAUGAAGAUGAAGACUGGAAUGACGAAGCAGACGCUCAAAUCCUGAGUAAAACUGUCCUCCAAAACACUCAGAAGGCAAACAGCAGCACCAAUGUUAAGCCGAAGCUUGUUGGAAAAAAGAGCCUGCUGCGGACCCUCCAGACACUGGGAUCACUACCUGAGUGGAAGAACGAUGACCAUCAGCAGGACAGUGACAGUGAGACAGAAACAGCCCCAUCACCCAGUAAGAAGAAGAAGAGAAGAAAGAAGAAGAGAAAACAUGCAGCGACAUCAGGAGAGCAGGAGGAGAACGAUGACUUAGAUCAAUCCAUCAAGGAGGAGAAAACUGUAACAAAAAAGAAGAAGAAAGACAACAAAUUAGGGGCUCCGAAGGCAAAAAACACAUCUGUAGAUGAGACAAACGGGAAAGAAAUCCCAAAUUCUGCAAACAAAUCUGAGGACAUGCAAAACCUAAGCAGACAACAAUGGAAAAACAAAAUGAAGAACAAAAGGAAAUGUAAAAAUAAAUAUAGGCAGAACAACCCUGAUGAGGAAGUAAACAAAGCAGAAUCUGCAGAGAAACAUAUACCAAAGGAAGAAGUUACGACAGAUUCAUAUAGCAACAACAAAAACAGCAAAAGAAAAACACAGACCCAGACAGAAACCCAGAAAGAGAAAACAGGGAAGGCAUGUAAACCACAGAAAAGGAAAAACACUGAAGAAGAGACUGACUUAUGUGGUACAUCACAAGCGCAAACUCUUGGAGAAGAAAAGCAGCUGGCUGAAAAAGAGAAAAAAACAAAGAGCAGCAGCAAUGGAGAGGGUACAUCUGAUUCUUACAUUAACAUUACAAAACAGAAAGUGGAGAUCAGAAAUGAGCAGCAGGACCAAACACCCCCCAAAAAAUUGAAACCUGAGCUGAGCAAAGAAGAGAGUGCGAAAAGAGAGCAGCUGCGUAAACUUCUCAACAGACAGGAAGCGCACCGGCAAGAGAGUCCCGUGGAGCAGAAAGAGGAGCCGACACCACCGGAGGAAGAGGUGAAACAGGACCGCUCUUCCUCCCUCAGGUCCCGCAUGGAGCAGCGUUUAGAGUCUGCUCGUUUCCGCUACAUUAAUGAAGUUUUGUACAGCACGUCCAGUGGCGACGCCAAGCGUAUGUUCUGUCAGGAUCCUCAGGCCUUCUCCAUCUACCACAGGGGAUACACGGCACAGGUUGAGAGGUGGCCAGCCAACCCAGUGGAUGCAAUCAUCUCUUACAUUAAGCAAAAACCUGCCUCUCAUGUUGUCGCUGACUUCGGUUGUGGCGACUGCAAGAUCGCCCGCAGUGUGAAGAACAAAGUGCACAGCUUCGAUUUGGCAGCUGCCUGUGAUCUUGUUACAGUGUGUGAUAUGGCCAACGUCCCACUUAAAGACCACUCUGUGGACAUCGUCGUGUUCUGCCUUUCUCUCAUGGGAACCAACCUGGCAGAUUUUCUGGCAGAGGCCAAUCGUGUCUUAAAGAUGGGGGGCGUCCUUAAAAUAGCAGAAGUGGCAAGUAGGUUCGAUAACGUGCGGAGCUUCGUCACUGCACUGGCAAAUCUGGGAUUCAAGAUGGUGUCCAAGGAUACAGAGAAUAGUCAUUUCUACUCGUUUGAUUGUGUGAAGACUUCAGAUGCCCCAGAAAAUAUAAAGAAAUUUGGACUGCAGCUGAAGCCCUGUUUGUACAAGAAGAGAUGAGGACUUGAAAGGACUUCAUAAAAAUGUCUGUGUGAUAUUUUGGGAUCACAUUUUUCUUAAAUAUCAUAGGCAAGUGAUACCUUUUUGGAGCUUCUGCAAACUGCUUUUUAUUCACAGAUUUCAUGAGGUUGAAUUAUUUACAUAAUACAUGUUUUUUCAUGUAAUUCAAAGCUCUGCAGUCAUGUGCCAUCAAUUUCCAAGUUCAUUUUUUUUUAUAGACAAACCCCUCUUAGGAUGAUUUCAUUGAUUAAUACCAUUGCUUCUGGUAUCCAGCUAUGGUUCAGCAGAUAGAGCAGGUUGUCCACUGAUAGCUGUUGAAUUCCUGGCUCCUCCUGUCAACACUGAACCACAAGGUGCUCAUCAUUGUUUGAUCAGUGCCUUGCAUACAGGCUCAGUGAAUGGGUGAUUAAGGCUAAAAUUGUAAAGCGCUUUGGAUAAAAGUGUUAUACUACAAUAUAAAUGCAGUCCAUUUAUGUGCUGAUCAAAUU